GAUGGAUCGCGAGCCACUGCGCUGUGUACGGUGUACGGGACUGACUGUGGACGCACCGGAUCCACGGUCAAGCGCCGAACAACUUCAAACAACAUCCAACACAGGAAGACGCCCCAUUAACUCCCUGAAAAAGCACCGAGCUGCUGGAGUUUCCCCAUCUGUUUAUAUUCUCGGGAUGGAAUCGCUCGCUCCUUUUGGCAUCGCUACCAGGAGCGGACAGUAGCUGAUAUCCCGUCUAUCAAAGGGAAGCAUGCAUUGAAACGCCUUGGCAAAAUCUCCAACCAACUCAAACUAUCGAAGAAGCUGCAGAGCUAGGAGUUUUCUUUUAACGCGUUUUUUUCUUCUUCAACGAACAGGCAAAUGGAGCCGGACAGGUAUUUUGGCAGUCCUGUGACUGAAAGUUAAGCGUUGUUCUUGGACACUUUGAACAUGGAUAUAGGUCGAUAAAUUUCAGACAAAAAGUGUUAGGCGUCAUAAACUACCUUGGGAUUUACGAUCAUCUCUAUGAACUAGGAUCAAAAUCGUAAGGAGUCUAAUUUUAAAUCUGACACAUGAUCAGGACCGAAUUUGUGCACCAACCCGAACCCCAACGUGGGACUGACGGUCCUAAGCAGGGAAAGACCCUUUUACCUGGCUGUACGUCACUCACAAUCUAUCAGGCGUGAUUUGACCUUUUUAAGGUCAGCAUUAGAAACUUAACAAAUAGAUGAAAACAAGGUGCAAGGUAGCAGCGAUUUCGGUAACACAGAGACACGCUGGCCUAGAAGCCGUCGUGCCACAUUGUGCGACACCUUCUUCCUCCAGGCAACACUAGUAAAAUUUGGAUCUGGAAGUUUAACAUGGAGACCCUCCGCCAGGACGCCUGACCUACACGCCACUCUGUUGAAUGUGGUUCGGGAAUCCGGAGUACAGUCGAUUGAAAGGAUCUUAUCUUCUUGCGGGGUUGUGUCUCUCCGUGCACCGUGUAAGAUGGCUGGAAGUGACGGCUCGUGGAAAUAUUAUCUCUGGAUUGUGACAGUCAUGUGCAGAUACGCGUUACCCGCAGCCAAAUCAUUGGAGUCUGUCGUGUGGAAUUCACAAAAUUCUAAGUUUGUGUCUGGGAAGGGCUUGGUGAUCUACCCAGAGAUUGGGGAUAAACUGGACAUUAUCUGCCCCAAGGGGGACAUGGGGCGGCCGUAUGAGUUUUAUAAACUCUACUUGGUGAAGAAAGAGCAGGCGGAGUCCUGCAGCACUAUACUGGACCCAAAUGUCCUGGUGACGUGCAACAAGCCAGAGAAAGACAUCAAAUUCACCAUCAAGUUCCAGGAGUUCAGUCCCAACUACAUGGGCCUCGAGUUCAAGCGUUUCACAAACUAUUACAUCACCUCCACUUCUAAUGGAACGUUGGAAGGGUUGGAAAACAGAGAAGGUGGGGUUUGUAGCACGAGAUCCAUGAAGAUCAUCAUGAAAGUGGGCCAAGACCCCAAUGCACCAGAUCCAGAUUUAACGGACCUCCCAGACCGAGACCAGGACAAUGAGAUCAAGGACCCCACAACAAGCCCCUCCCGCAAGAGAGACCGUGACAGAGAUCGAGAUAUAGAGGACAACGGCUCCAUAAUGCCCGGGAGAGGCACGAGAAACCAGGAGAACAAUUCUGGUUCUGUGGAAGGUAUUUUUGGCUCUAAACCUGCGCUCUUCGCUGCCAUCGGAGCAGGCUGUGUCAUCUUCCUCCUCAUCAUCAUCAUCCUCAUCGUCCUACUCCUCAAGCUUCGCAAGAGAACCCGCAAGCACUCGCAGCCCAGGGGCGCGACUUCCCUGUCACUCAGCACUCUGGCCACGCCCAAAGGAGCCACCCAGUCCGGCUCAGAACCAAGUGACAUCAUCAUCCCCCUGCGGACAGCAGAGAAUAACUACUGUCCUCACUAUGAAAAAGUGAGCGGGGACUAUGGGCACCCCGUCUACAUUGUUCAGGAAAUGCCCCCCCAGAGCCCAGCCAAUAUCUACUACAAAGUCUGAGGGAAAAGGGAGAGAAGUAACGCAAUAAGAACAUGUUUUUGUAAGGUAUCCUGAAUCUUUUUUUUCACUACCCAGCCCUGUUUGCUACAUGUCGGAGAUGAGGAAACGAGGAGCGAGAAAAGACUUUCCUUCUUUCUGAACACUGCACUGUGUGUAUGUGUGUCUGCAGGUCUCUGCGUAUUUAUGCGAAACAGCAGAGAACCCCCCCACAGUGUGUGUGGCACUCAGGCACAGACUUCAGCGUUGAAGAACAGCCUUUAACCAAUCACAGAGGGACACUAGAUUGACAUCACAAUACAGAAAGCUCUCAUUUGUGUGUUCGCUUAUUUUUUUGUCUCUUUAUCAUAUCUCACGCCCACACAGUGUUUGCUUCUGUAUCACCUCGAUUCUCGUAGCUUUCAAACAGUGUUUCUGUCAAGGAACACUGUAAUAAACUCAUCUCAUUUCCUUGUGUCUCCCAUUCUACGUUUGAGGCAAUUAAAUAAAACAUACCCUCGCACACGUACGUUGGUGUUCACGGGUCAGUACCACAAACAGCCUCUCGGUGCAAAAAGAGUGAGUGAAAAUGGGAAUUUAAAAUGUAAGCCAGUGACAAAUCUGUGUCAGGCCUUACCGAACUCCCAGAAUGCUUUGCUAGAUUGCGUUUAUUUGAGAGCUAUUUCAGUUGAAAUUCUCACUCCUCUCUGCAGAAUACAAGUAGAUAUUUGCCGUGUAUUGUCAGUGAUGCGUGAAGUGCAGAAUAAUAUUUGUAUUUUGUCAUUAUUCUUUCUUUUUUCUCUUUCCCAAAGUGUUUUGUAAGUCAUUUUGUUAGGGUUUCGCCUCGACACCAUGAGCCUGUGACCUAUCUUCAGCCACAAAACCUGUAUUUCAUUGCAUAAUUUAGUCCACUAACAUGUGUUUUUGUGUAUAAUUCAUGUCACACUGUCAUGGACUCGAACAGUAUGAAACAGUCCCACACAGAAACCAAAUAUUCAUAAACAUACGAAAUACAUAAAAAAGAAAUUAUGCCUUCAUCUCUCCUUGCUCUUAGAUAUGCACAUAAAGGAUCCCUAUUAGCAUACAAACACGCUUAUUUUUAAAAAAAUAUCAGAAAUGGAAAACAAGCCCAUUGUACCGUCACGGAGAAUCUAGCGCUAGGUCUAUUUUUAUACGGACUGCACGUGAAAAUGAUAAACAGUAAACAGUGGCGGCAGGUGUGUUUACGCCUAUGCUAAUUUAAAAUUAGAUGCAUUUGCAUCUGGUCUCCGGCGCAGCCAAUCAGAGAAGGCCAGUGUUUCUCUGUUGCGUUCUCGUGUAAUAGAUCUUUCAUUUAGAUUUAUCGCUGUUGUUUCUUUCCUCCCUCUCUUAUUUUAAACCCGAGAUUAUGUACAUAAUGUAUGUUGGGAAAAAUUGUUGAAUAUAAAGCUCAGUUUUAUUAGAGACCCUGUUAAUGAAAAUUUAAUUAGGAUUUUUGAAAAUGCAAAUUUUUUUGUAAAUAUGAGUCUUUUUUUUAAAGACCCUUUGUAAGUAAAAUAUUUCCUGUCUCGUGGUUUUCCUUUUUUCUUUCUCCGAUUUGUUUGGUUGGUUUUUGAUUAAGGAGACUUAGAGGUCCCUGUAGAACGGGUUUUAAAAGGUCAGCCUAAAGCUGCAGCAGCAGAAAAAAAUCCCUUCACACGUGCGCACAUGCAGACACACUUCGUCCUCCCUGUUACACAAGAGAAGGAUGCUAUUUUUGUUGUUAUUUUGUUUUUACGAAUAGAACCAGGUCAAAUAUUCCAUGUCAUGGUUCAUGAAGGAGGAAAGGAGGAGAGAGACUUAUUACACAAGAGAUGCCUGAAAUCAUACCACCAGCAG